UUACGUAACGCGUACGUACUAAGUUGAGCUUGUGCUUCAUAGACCGUAAAUGUUCUGCUUACUCACAAGGUUGUUUUUAUCGCUUGCUUUGGUAUACACCGGUUUCGUUUCGGGCACAAUUUUACUCUCAAGUUAGCACUUAGUACAUAAAGAGAUUUUCUGCCAUUCAGGAAUAUAUCAUGCGUCUUUUUACUGACAGGAGACGUAUAAAGCCCGUAACAUUUCAACACCAACACGCUACGACUGGCUAACAACAGUUAGCAUCGCAAAGCUCACACCGUACAGUAGACGACUGUCUUAUAUUCCGUUUUUCGACUUUGGUUGAAAGGAUCACAGUUUCUGUACUCUGUACACGCCACCGGUCUCGCCAGGAGAGGAUGAACUGGCUUUUCCCCCUGUCCAAAGGAUCUGGACCUCUCCCACCUCUGAACAGCUUACAGCAACAAAGACAGCGGCAGAUCGAGUCGCUUAAAGCUGCACACCCGAGUCUUGCAGAAAUUCAGAAGGAUGUGGAGUACCGAAUACCAUUUACAGUUAACAACUCUACCAUUAGUGUUAACAUCUUGCUUCCUCCUCAGUUCCCUCAAGAAAAGCCAAUGGUUAGUGUCUACCCUCCAGUUGGGCACCAUUUAGUUGAUGGCAAUAAUGGGACUAUUGUCACAUGUCCAUUAAUUACAAAUUUUGGAAUGCAUUCAGAUCUGGGUAAAGUUAUACAGACUUUGUUGGAUGAGCUUUGGAAGAGUCCCCCUGCCUUAAUAUCCUCUGGCCCAAGUGGCUUUCCAUUCAGCAUGUACAAGUCAUCCGGCAUGGCUCCAUACCCAGCUCAGGGUUUUCAUUAUGGUCCUCGCCACAUCAGUCCAGGACAGGCUCCACCUGGCGCUCCUUCACCUACUCCUGUCCCCACAUCUCACGCCGGGUCAGACGCUGUGCAUGGACCUCCUCGAGCCCCGCCUCCAUGUGGAUUCAUCCCUGACCUGCCCAUGCCUGUGCCCACAGGAGACCUACAGGUAGGGCUGAAUGGACACCUUUACAAGAUGCCAGAGAUUCCAGAGGCUUUUCCUGAACUUUGUGACAAAAACCUCACCCAGUUGUCAGACAUGUCAGAAAAUGAAGAUGUGCUGAUUGAAUUCUUUGUGUCUUUGCCACAACUCAAACAAAUUGCAAGCGAUAAAGAAGAUCUUGUUACAAGUAUUGUUAACAUGGCCAAGAAAAACCUUCAAAUAGAGCCACAGCUGGAGGGUAAAAGACAAGAAAUGCUUUGCAAAUAUGAACAGCUCACUCAGAUGAAGUCAGCUUUUGAAACAAAGAUGCAGAGACAGCAUGAACUGAGUGAGAGUUGCAGUUUAAGCACUCUUCAGGCUCGGUUAAAAGUUGCAGCUCAUCAGGCAGAGGAAGAGUCAGAGGAGACAGCAGAGAACUUUUUGGAAGGACGCACUGAUAUAGAUGAAUUCCUCACCAGCUUUAUGGAGAAGAGAACCCUUUGCCACAGCAGAAGAGCAAAAGAAGAGAAGUUACAACAGUCCAUUAAUACACUUGGACAGUUUUCUUCUAGUCACUGAAAUCAAGGUAUUUCUCUCAGCCAACUGCUGCCAUCAGAAUAUAUUAGAAGAUUUGUAAAGCACACUGAGGGACCCAAUGAGAUACUUUUACAGAAACAAAAGUAUCAAAGUAAACGUGUUGAGUGGGUGUCUCAGAUCAAAUAAGUUUGAACACAACACUAUAGAAAUUUGCACCUCCUUUGUGUUGAGGGUGGUUUACUUUUCAGUAUAUAUCAGGUUUUCAUUUCUCCUCACCCACCACGGCAGCACCAAUAUGACCAUAUUGUUCUCGAAAGGAAUAAGUGAGGAAGAAAUUUGUGCAUUUUCCACAGAAUACAAUGCAGUCAAAUAAAUUAUGAUGAAUAAUUUUAAUACGAAUGUAAGGGAGACUGGAAUAUUUAGGGUGCAUUUAAAGUAAAUAAACUAAUUAAGAAUACCAUUUUUUGACCUUGUUGAUGUCGAGAGAGUCUUCAAACUCCUUUCAGUAUGUUUACAUCUGCACCUACUAUAAUGCAUUUAAAAAAAACAUGUACCAUACUCAAUACCACCACAUGUGCAAUUUUUAGUUAUUAACCAGAUUGGUGGAAAUGGUUUAUGUGUUGAUUUUUGUAUUUAUUGUAAAAUAAUAUGCCCUCUCAAGGUUAACUGACCAGUUUGGUCCCAAUGCUGUAUUUCUAAAAUACUAGAGGUAGGCUUUAUGUGGGUGUGAACAUACUGCUGAGAUGUUGAUGACUAAGAGCCAUUUAGUGCACCUUCUGAGCUUGAUGUUUCUGGAUGGGGAAACAGACAAUGAUUAUUAGUUUGAAUGCCGCAGUAAAUAUCUUCAACAUCAGAAACUGUAUUUAAAUAAUGUUAAUAAUAAGCUUUAUUGUUAUCAAAGACUUCGACACCUUGUACCAUAUUUUAUUUGGUAGUGUAAUAAAGAAUUCAGAUAAAA